GGUGCUCACCUCGACGGCGCCGCGGACGCAGUGGCGCUACUGCAUCGCCUCCUUCCCGUGCUUACAGGUUGGCCUCCUCCUUAGCCCCUUCUGCCUCGAGGAGGACAACAUCCAGCACAGACCGUUCACCGCCACUACCCCGGGCAGUUCACCACUAUCACCCUCGGCCAUUCACCCCUGCUCCCGACUUCCCUUCCAUUCCUCAGUUCAAUGGAUUCCAAAAAGGAAAAAACUAUGGAUGGGUGAUGAAUCAACUUCCUGUACUGUUGUGCCAUGAGCAUUGGACGACCCCAACCACUGGUACCACUGCUUCUCGACCUCCUUCUUGCAUCGCCAUCUCCUGGUGGGGCUCUGCCGCCGGAGCACUCUGGCCGUUCACAGCCACCACUCCAGGCCGUUCAACGCCACCACCCCAGGCCGUUCAUUGCCAGCAGCACCCUGGAUCCCACCCCCACCCUGGGAGUUUCAGUUAUCGAGUUAGAAAAAGGUCUCAUUUCACUUUGCUAAAGUCCAUCCAGAAUCUUGGAAUCCUAUGUGGUCUCUGGCAAGGGUACGUCCAACGACAACGAGCAGGCGGCAAGUGUAUUGAUGAGCAGCGGGACGGUGGCAUGGAGCAGUUGAGUAGUGCUUAUAAGCUUGACAUCUUUGAUGAAUCCAGCCCAAACUGAAGCAUGUCGGUGAGCCGGGGGCUGGGCCAACCACUGUCGUUUAUCUACCUCCUUCCCCGGUGAGCCCAUGCUCUUCUGCUCUUGACGCUUGAGCCGCCUGCAAUUCUUUUCUCUGUUCAAAAAUUCCCAAAGCAUCAGUACUUUGUAUCUGGAUACACCAUGUUAUUUCUGCAAAUUUCCAUUAUGCUUGUAUGUCCAAAAUAUGUGCAUUUACUACUUUUGAUUUGUUGUAGUGCAGAGAAGUUACCCUGUUGCGGGCUGACCUGGAGGCGGCUUCGACACAAUUGCAGGACCACCACGCAAGCUUCCUCAAGGAGCUCAUGCCCAACGAUACUACAAGAAAAAACUGCUCCAGUUUUGAACUACUUAUUCAGUCAUGCUAUUACCGAGUGAAAAAUGGAGUGAAAGAGUAUUGCAAUUGAUCUCUCUUA